CACAACUUCAAUUCCUAGACUGCACUGUAGUGAACCGAAAUUGUUCACGAGCACGUUUGAGUCAAAGUGAUAGCGGUAAGAAGUCAAUUGGUCGCAUUGCGCCGCUCCUUUGCUGUUGAUUCUCCCUGUUGCGAAGGCGCAGGUAUCUCUCGGCAAUCCUCCGCAUUUUCCAACUUCAUCACCACAAAUCUAUUGCAAACAACACCGACGGCAUCAAUCACACCAUCUACCCUCUCCGACACCUCAUAGACUCCUCUAAACGCUGAGAACACCUUUACUUCACCCUUCACACUCCAUCAAAAUGUCCCGCAGCAACAAACUCGCCCCCGAGGCCAACCGCAUCCUCUUUGUCAAGAACCUGGCCUACAACGUAGACAGCGAGAGUCUGUGGUCUUUGUUUUCCAAGUUUGGAGGUGUACGCCAAAUAAGACUGGGAAACUCGAAUACUACAAAAGGAACAGCAUUUGUGGUUUACGAUGAGGUGCUAGAUGCGAAACAAGCCUGCGACAAGCUGAACGGGUUCAACUUUAUGAACCGCUACUUGGUUGUUCUGUACCACCAGCCUGAGAAAAUGAAGAUCGAAGUGAAGGAAGAUAUUGCUGCCAGGCAAGAGAAUCUUGAGCGCAUGAAGCGAGAACACGGAAUCGAGUGAUUUCUCAAUAAGCAUACGAUGCAGCCAAAUCUGCUCAAGUAUCUACUAUAUGCUAGCAGAAAGUUCGGACACAUGCAAAAAUCUCGACCUCAACGGCGUCGGUGGCAUUGGCAGAUUCCCACAUAUGCCUCUAUUCUUCACGAAGAGACAGCUCACCGUUGCUAGCGACGCCGCGCGUGGAAAGCCAUCAAUCUCAAGAUCUAAAGGGACUGCGCAGAUGGAUUGUGGAAGGCGAAAGUGGCGGAAGGCCGGGGGAACAACGAAUGCGUCGUUUUAGCGACGCGAACAGGAUGACGAUAGUCCUUACUAUAUGAGAAAGAGAAGCAAGAGCCUUGAGUGUGAGGGAGCCGAUAUUACAGGGAUCCCCGUCAGACAUAGAUAAAUUUUCGUCUUCUGCGAAAAGACAAUAUUGCGCCCAACAACCAAGGAUAGUUUCCUUUCCGAGAGUCGCGGCUUUGGCAUUUUGAUCAAUGCUGUUAUAUGCGUAGCCUUAAUCUCUUGGGGGAACUUUUAGG